GGGCGGAAGCAGUGUGUACAGUAGCUUCACGACAUUGUCCAGGCUCAGUCGGGGAAUGCAGCUCGGCUGUCCUGCGAAGUUUUCAUCAACAAAUUAUUCAACUACGUCCGACUGAGACAUGGAGACAGCAGAACACAUUUCCGCUGUGAAGUGACAUGAGAUCAAGGGGGAUCGAAGGUUUGUGUCCCACUUCUGAACACCUACAUCUCAUCACUGUGAUUUGAACAGAGGAAGGACCGCACGUAAGACUUCAGGCCUCCUUCACCAGCUUUCAGCCACUAUGUCCUAGCUAACAGCAACCCAGCCCCCUCCCCUGACCAUCCUGUCCCUUUACCCUAGUCCCUGUCCUCAGUCUUCAUCCCUCUCUCAAUCUGCUCCCCUGAUGUGGUGAUUUUUUUUAGCUGUAGCUCCAGCAUUUACCCAUCUAGCACGAUGAGCAGCCUUCACCAGCAGCAUCAUGGCAGCACAGGCUCAGAGCGAGACCUUCACUCUGCUGCCUCGUCUGUCAGCUUGCCUUCGGUUAGAAAGACCCCCAAGAAGCGCCGUCUCUCCCUCCACUCGCUCUUCGGUCGCCGGCGCCGGCAUGAUCGCGACCCCAAGCGCAAGUCCAGGCCGCUGCAGGCCCCAGCAGGAGUGGACGGCGUUGUCAGCACCGAAAGCAUCCAACCUGAGACUGUCAACGACAAAACCUUAGCCCAGUCUUCCUUGGCCGCCGUAUCGACUUCAUCAGUGUCGGGUUCUUCGUCAGAGCUGAUGGAGUGUCCUCUGUGUCUCCUGCGCCACACACGCGACCGCUUCCCUGACAUCAUGACCUGUCACCACCGCUCCUGUGCGGACUGUCUGCGGCAGUAUCUUCGCAUCGAGAUCUCGGAGUCCCGUGUCAACAUCUGCUGCCCCGAGUGCUCGGAGCGCUUCAAUCCCCAUGACAUCCGCAUGAUCCUGGGGGACCGAGCCCUCAUGGAGAAGUACGAGGAGUUCAUGCUGAGGAGGUGGCUGGUGGCCGAGCCGGACUGCCGCUGGUGCCCGGCCCCCGACUGUGGUUAUGCAGUCAUAGCGUUUGGCUGUGCCAGCUGCCCAAAGAUCACCUGCGGGCGUGAGGGCUGCGGGACAGAGUUCUGCUACCACUGCAAACAGCUGUGGCAUCCAAACCAGACAUGCGACACGGCACGGCAACAAAGGGCCCAAACCUUCAGGCUGAGGAGUUUCAGGUCCUCCUCCCUCAGCUACAGCCAAGAGAGCGGAGCCGCAGGAGACGACAUCAAGCCAUGCCCACGAUGUGCCGCCUACAUCAUUAAGAUGAAUGAUGGGAGCUGUAAUCACAUGACAUGUGCCGUCUGCGGCUGCGAGUUUUGCUGGCUUUGCAUGAAGGAAAUCUCUGACCUGCACUAUUUAAGCCCGUCAGGCUGCACAUUCUGGGGGAAGAAGCCCUGGAGCAGAAAGAAGAAGAUCCUGUGGCAGCUCGGCACGUUGGUUGGAGCACCCGUGGGAAUCGCGCUCAUAGCCGGCAUUGCCAUCCCCGCCAUGAUCAUUGGCAUCCCCGUGUAUGUGGGCAGGAAGAUUCAUAAUCGCUACGAGGGCAAGGACAUCUCCAAACACAAGAGGAACUUAGUGAUAGCUGGUGGUGUGACGCUGUCUGUGAUCGUGUCUCCUGUGGUUGCAGCGGUAACUGUUGGCAUUGGUGUCCCAAUCAUGCUGGCUUACGUCUAUGGAGUUGUCCCCAUCUCUCUGUGCCGGAGCGGAGGCUGUGGAGUGUCCGCGGGGAACGGCAAAGGAGUGCGGAUUGAGUUUGAUGAUGAAAAUGACAACAUAGGCAGCGGGGCAGCGGCCACAGACACAACAUCUGUAGCCGAAACGCGGCUCAACAACCCCAGCCUCGGAGACGGAGCGAGCGUCGGAGGCCUGACGGGCCUGAGCCUCAGUGUCAGUGGGAGCCACAUGGAGCGCUGCGGCAUGAGCUCCACUCAGCGGGACAACAUGAGCGACAACGCCAGCACAACGGCGCUCGCUGGGACCAGCAUCACCGGCAGCCUUUCAGGAAGCUGCUACAACAGGAUGGAAGUUCAGGCUGACGUCCAGAAGGAGCGCUGCAGUCUGAGUGGAGAGUCAGCCACUGUCAGUCUGGGGACAAUCAGUGACAACGCAAGCACAAAAGCCAUGGCGGGGUCCAUUCUCAACGCUUACAUGCCUCUGGAAAGAGACAACAGUCUGGAGGUUCAGGCUGACGUGGAGUCCAAACAGGAGAAGAUGAGGCACUGCAGCGCCAGCAGCAGUCUGGAUGAAGCAAGCUGUAGCAGCAGCACUGCUGGUCUUAAAGGUGCUAGCGGCGGUGCAUGUUCAUGCCCCUCCACCAGCUGCUGUGCCCAGCACGACCACUGCUGCCCCUGCUCCCUACCCUCCACCUCAGGAGUUAAGAGGAGCAAAGGAAAGCUCUGGAAAAGAGGCAGCAGUAGCAGCAGCAGCAAAGGAGACACAAAGAUCAAUGAGUCGAGGGGGGACAUGGAUGCUCAGCUCCUGGAGCAGCGCAGCACCAACUCCUCUGAGUUUGAUUCACCAUCUCUGAGCGGCAGCCUGCCCUCAGUGGCGGACUCGCAUUGUAGCCACUUCUCAUCAGAGCUCAGCUGCUCGGACCCCGAAACCUCAAGACCAGCUCACCCACCCUGCUCCUCCACGACAGACUCCCAACCUCACCAUCCCGCGGCUGCCUUUAAUGAUGUCACCAUCACACCUAUGCCUGAGGUGGAGCACGAUCGCCUGGAGCAUUAUCCACCUCAGAGCAGCCACACAGCCUUCACACACCGUCUGCUGUCCACGUCUCCACCUGCGUCGCCAAAAGAGGGGGGCAGCGGGACAUUUUUGUACAUCAGUGAGGAAAGCGGAGGAGCCGCGGCAGACACAGAGGCGGAGAAAGGCGAGAACAUAAAAGAGACCACCAAAAACACUGCAGCACAGCCUGUAAGCCCAUCAAGGAAGCGCUGUAUACAAACAGACAUCUGAAGGAACUCUCUUUGGGUGUUUUAGCAGACUGAUGAAUCAGUUAGCCUUAUCACGUAAUUUCACUCGAGUGAAGCAUCUUUUGAUGCUUAAGGCCAUAAGUCUAAUUAUAUUUUUAUCUACUGUGGAGGCAGGAAUGUCAUGUGAAUGUCAGUCUACAUAGUCACAGAGAGGGUCCUGGUCCGAGUUGGAGAGAGAUUUUUAAGGAAAGCGAACAAGAGCACAGAAAAGUCAAAGCUACAUUAGUGUGAAGCAGAAGUUUUAUUCUGUUGUUGAAGUGUCACGUGAAGCAGCAAGCCUAUAGUAGGUAGAGUUGAAUGUAUGUGGACAGGUUUGAGUACGUUAUCAGGUGGGGAGACACCGCAGAAAGCCCAUCCAGCUGUCAUGAAGAUCUGCAGAAACACUAUUCCUAAUCAAAGCUCAAAUUGACAAAAAGCAGAACUGAAAAGCUGGAUAGGAGCCGGUGAAAUGUCUAAUAGUAAAGCUGAGCUGCUACCUUAAAGCCUGAACCUGUUUUCCCUUUUGUGACAUCUUCAAAAAUCAGUUUUUUCUUUGGGGGUUUGCAUGAAUCAGGGAUGGAUACGUCCUCACUGUGGUCCACCGCUGUGCCACCAGUUCACUCUGCUACUCCUUAAAACGGCAUGAGAAACACCACACAGCUUAAGGAUUGUGGUACCUAACAGGGACCAGUCAAUACAGUAGCAACUUUUUAUAUUUCCAUAAUCAUCUAUAAGAAAAAUAUAAUUGUUGCUUUUGUUUAAAAUCUUGCUUUUGUGCUUUUUUGCCUUUUGCUAAUUUUUAUUUUCCAUUUUGGGAAAGUCGGUUUAAAUGUUGAAGCCCUGUGUUGGGUCCACAAUUUAAGUGUAAUCAGUUGGGAUCUGUAUAAACCCUCCUUACUGUUAAAUAUUGCAAGUUUUAAAAACAGCUCCCAGAUGAGAAUGACAAAGUUUUCACUGCAGUUUUUAUGGAUUCAUGCAAAUCAGUGAGCUUUAUUAAAGAAAGGGAAUUCAAGUUAUUCCAUGUAACUGUGAAAAGCCCAAUGUUUAUGAUAGAACUGUAGCAACUCCUUCUAACCAGUCAAAGUUGAACCCGAGAGUCAACGAAACAAGAUCUUUGCAAUAAAGAAAAGAAGCUUUCAGCCGGUUCAGAUGUUCCCAGUCGGCUCUAAAAUACUUAAAGGUGCAAUGAGAAACUUUCUCUUGUGUAUUUGAGCACCUCCAUCUUUCAUUGAUAUAAUAGUCGGUCGUGAAUGUAUGAUGAUAAUGAGGUUACAUUUUGAUUCACCAUCAGUUAAAUCAAAGUAUAACUAUAAAUCCAGGUCUUUGGUGCAUUCUAAAACCGAGUGUUUUAAGUUGUUUCUCUCCCUGCUAGUGAUUCAUGCAAACACUGAUGUUAUAUUUGUUGGACCCGCAGUGCCUUUCGGGGGGGGAAAAUCCUUUAUAAAAUGUUUUAUCUCUCAUUCUGUGUGUCUUCAAAUGAUAACCACAAAAUUCACAAUAGAAGGAAUCACAUUUGAUUUAAUGAUGAAUGCAUGAAUACUAAUGCCUAAUACUCCACCUUCCCUGGAUGACAGUGUUAGCUGGCACGUUCGCUUGUUCAGCCUACCAAAGACAGCUUUCAGGCUACUACAGUUAGGACUACAACAGUAAUGGGGAUGAUUUUACCGUGGUUAACUCUAAUACACAAGGACAUUUUAGUCCAUAACAUCCAAAAAUGGCUUCUGCAGAUUAAAAAAAAUGGCAAUAUGACCCCGGAUUAAGCCUGUUUGUCACAGUAUGCUAAAUCCAAGACCAAAAAUUUUGCUUAGGUUUUACAUAUGUUAAGAAUGAUCCUUUAAAAAUGUUUGAAAAGUUGCUGAAGUCCAUUUACGUGGGUUAUUCAGCUCUUUAGCAAUAAAAGCCUGUAUUUAUCCAAAGCAUCAGAUGCACUGAACAUGAAUAGUUGUGUUCAGUGGUGUGCCGAGUCAUCAGAUGUAAAGAGCAGGUCAUCAGAGAAGUUGGUGCACCUUGCAGAAGUUUCUCACUUGUUUUGUUCCUUCUGUUGAAGAUACCUGUUGAAUUUCUGUGAGUUUUUAUAUUAUUAUUUGAAGACUAGUGCCAGGUCUAUUUUCUAACUUGGUCAAAAGAAGCUUUUGCUCUUUAAAAAAGUAUAUAUUCCCUAAUUAUUUGCUUUAUAAUGUGCAUGUAAAUGCAUAUCCUUAAACAAUAAAAGUCUCAAUCAAU